GCCGGACUCCCUUCCCUUGUUGAAGCUGCUGCCCAACCCAGCCUGCCAGAUUAGAAAACGCGGUUGAACUCCAGGUCUCAGACUAAACAAUGAUCUGCAAAACUGCAUGUUUUAUGAAUGCAGCAAAGAAAUUGUUCUUAUUUGGUGUGAAUCAGUAAGUUAAAUGCCAAACUGGAGCCAUCAGACAAGCUCAUGUUUUGCCUCACAGUGAAAUGUUUUUUGUUUUUUAAAUAAAGACACAAUAAAGAUUGAAAAGGGAAUUUAACAGGUGGCUAAGAACUGUGGGCAACAAUGACUGAAAUGCAGCCACUGUCUUUUUCUUCCAAGGGUAACACUCAAUCACCAGAAGGUGUGAAUGACAAUAUGCCACUGGGAAUUCCCUCCAGGCAACGUAGUUGUGGUGCUGUAAGCACUCCGACUGCUUGUGUUAACAAAGCUAUUCAUCACAUUCAAGAUUUAGAAGUGAAAAUGGAAGAAUCUUUUCAGCAGUAUGAUCAUUUAUAUAAGUUGGACAAAAUUCCACGGGAUUCAGAUACAGAAAGUGUUGAAGAAACUAAAGAUAUCUGGUUAUCAGUCUCUUCUGAACUAAAGGCUGAACAGUCCUUAUAUUGGAAAGACAUCCAGCCCUUAAAGCAAAAAACAACUACUGUUCUGGCAGAAGUCAUAGAGUUAGUUACAAGACUAGAAAAGGAACGUAAAGAGGCUGAAGAAGCACUGGAGUUUGAGAAACGCCGUAGGAAAAAACUAUACCUAAAUGCUGACUAUCUGUCACUCUGGAGGAUGCAACAGCUUCCCUUAGCUGUCCAAAAAGAAUGGGAAAACUGUUCACAAGAGGUAAUAGAAUUACAACUGCAUUUUGAAUAUAAAAAUCAGCAACUACAGGAUGCAGUAAACCAGCUCAUGAAAAUAGACAUAGCUAAUGCAAAGAUUCAGGAGAAUAUAGACUACAUGAAGAAAUACAGCCCUCUGGUGGGAGAAAAGCUGAGCUAUGAAGGUGGUUCUAUGGGAAAAAUACAAGAUAUAUAUAGCCAGACAAAAGCUGGAUAUGACAUUGUUCAUGAGAAACUUGAGAAAGUGAGAGGUGAACAUCAGGAAAUGAUAGAAGACUGUGAGAGAGAACGAUUUUCUAUGUCUCAGAAAAUAAUGGCAGCUGAGUCAUUGUUGAACCAUCUUAUGAAUGAGUUAAAAGAAACUGACAUCCUUUACACUGACCUCUGUAUCAAGAUAAAAGAAAAAGAGGCAGCAAUAUUACAAAAUAGAAAUCGUCUCAAAGAACUAGUCAAGCAAGACACAGAACUAAAGUCUGGUUUAAAAUCUUGGAAAGAUAAAGUAGAACGUUUGACUAAGAAAAUUAUCACUCAGGAUAAUGAGAAUAAAGAUUUACUAAAUGAAUAUUCUGAAACGCAGAAAAAUAUGAUGAAUUCAAAAUCCAGUAGGAAAUCUGAUCUUCAGAAACUGAAAGAUAAACUACAGGAUCAUCUUCAACAAAUAUCCGAUUUGCAAAAUGAAAACAAGUAUCUUUAUAAUGAAAAUGAUGGAUUUAUUCAAAAAUUCAGAGAUAGUUCAAGAAGGAAAGUAGGAUAUCUGUCAGAAAUUCAGGUUUUGGAGAAAAAUAUUCGUAGACUGGAAGGACAUUUAAAAAAAGUUGGUAAAGAACUUUAUGGUGUUGAAUUGACUUAUGAGGAAACCAAAGCAAAAUUGGAGGAACUGGAACAAAGCAUCAUCAAAGAACAAGCACGUUUCAAGAACUUGCAAGAUAAUGUACAAAAGCAAAUUAGAGAUGAAAUAAGUGCUUGGAAGCUGACCCAGAAAAGGGUUAAAGCACUGCAAAAAGAAAUAGAAAAAACAGGAAAGGAAAAUAAGAAAGUACAAGAAAAAUUUCUGAAGAAAUUAGCACAGAUUGUGCAGCGUGUGGCUGAUCAACAAGCACUGCUUGCAAAAAACACAGAAAUGCAAAAAGCAAAUAUUAAGAAAAUUGCCAUUUUGAACCAGAAAAUUGAAGAACUUGAUGAAAAGGAGAAAAAAAGAAACCAAGAGCUAACUGAUCGGAAGAAUUAUCUUCAAAAGCAGUUAAAUGAUGUGCAGGAAAAAUAUUUAGAUAUUUCAAGCCAGCUUGAUAAAGCCAAUGCAGAUAUUGAAAAAUUUCAAAAUCAACUUGCUAAACUAAAUACACUGAGCAAAGGAACGCAAAAACAGAUGGAUAACAUUGAGGAAUAUAUAGCAGAGUUGAGGGAAAAGUAUGCUAAAAUAAAGGCAAAGGAGCAGAAUGCCCAGACGUUAGUUGAUUUUCUCUGUGCUCGACUGGACUAUGUUGAAAAAAAAGUAAAGACAGACAACAGAGUAUUUGAAGAGUUGCUUUGGAAUAGACAGAAACAUCUGAAAGAUAAGAAGAUUGUUGUGGAUAUUGAUAUGGGAGAGAAUCUGCGUUUAGCUCAAGAAUAUCAGAUGCUCCAGAUAUGCUAUUUAAAUGACAAAAUCGGGCUUAUGGACUUCUGUGAUUAUAAAGUCAGGAUUGAAGCAGCAUUAAGAGAUCAGCAGCAGCUCUCUCGGCUGCAAAGCAAGAUGCACGGGGUAUUGGUGGAGUGCUUCAAACUGCGAGGCCUCUAUAGCCAAGCGGGGCUGGCGAAGUUCCAGGCAGCUUCUCAUGAGAAUGUUCAGAAAAUAUUAGCUGUGCAGGGGAGGUUGUCAAAGACCAUCCAACAUACGACCACUUUCUUGAAGUCUUUGACAGAUGGCUCAUCUACUUAGAAGACAAUGCAAACAACUAGUAUGUCUCAGGUGCUGAAAUAUAAGACAAGAAAAGUCACACAGUUCAGAUAACAGUGUAAUUGGACAUUCACCUGUUUGCCAUUUCACACUUCCAUGGACGGAAAACUCACUCACCUCCCAGCAUGCCUUGCCAUUCUUUUACUUACAGCAAAUCCAUAACAAUGAAACAGGUGACUUUCAUGCUGCUGUCAGGAACGAUCUAAUUUCAGCUCUGGGUGACUGAUUGCAAUUGGCUUUGCCUCAUCUGAUAAUUAAUCUAUGUCACCAUUAAUUGGAAGAGAGAAUAAUUACUGGCGGUGUUGACAGUGACUGUACGCUUCCCCAGAUUUCCCCAUUGUGUUGGCCCAAAUAAAGGCUUUGCGAUUCAGUACUUAAAGUUUAUGUAAACUAUAACAAUACCUAUGCCCAUGUGACACUUUCAGAUGCUCUGUUUCAUGUACUUUUGUUUUUGUGUUUACCAAUCUUUUUUAGCUCACUGAGAGCUGUCUCCCUCAAUCACUCCUCAAUGUUCUAUCUUAAUUUUGUGGAAGUUUAAAGUUUUCAAUGAGCUGGAGAUGAAUGAUUAAUGAAUAAAUUUAAAUGCUUCAUUUUG